AUGAGAGGGAGGAGCCAUGAUUGGACGGAAGGCCCAUUUGCCCACCCGGGCGAGAAAGCUAGGCGUUGCAAUCCGCGGCGGUACGAGGACUCGGAGACAGCGUGUAGGGAGUUUCGAAAAAGAGAGCUCUCGGAGAGGCGAUGCGUGCGAGUUUGGGUGCAUUUAAGUAUUGAGUAUUGGUUGCAUUUGGCUGGGUACUUGGACGCAGCUGUGCAAGGAUGGGCAGAAUUAGCAUCGUCGAGUGUGGUUUUUGGUGCAUACGUCGGAGCUGCUACGGUGGAUGCCUGCGGCGGUACAGGAGGCACAGGAAGCGACGACAAGAGAUCGGAGCACAAGGCAUCACGAAGGGUUGCCGCGAGCCGGUGCACGGGGGAGCUACGAUCGAGCGUCGAGAAUUCAUUGCCUAGGUCGAUGCUGGUGGGGCUUGCACAGUACCCGCUGCCGUUGAGCCCUCUGUUGUUGGGGUCGGUUGAGAAAUGGGCAAUCUGUAAUGUGACUAUAGACGACACUGCAGUAAGCGACGUAGUCUCGAAGGCUGCACUCACGGAUGCAUCAAGGGUAGGCACCUUGGUCGCCUGCGGGAGUCUUGCAGAAGUCGAAGAUGGAGCUGAUAUUGACUCCGUCAACGAUGAUCCUGAUGGAAGGAGAGCCGGUGGUGCAACAAGUGGAGAGCGGGCAAAGACAUAG